AUGGCAAGAUUAUGGCAUUUGAAUGUUUUCGAAACACCAACCAAUUUUUACAUAGUUGGUUCUGAUAUUUCGAAGACUCGUUAUCGCCUGCUAAAAAUUAGCCGUUUGGGAGUGCAAACUUUGGACAUUUCUGAAAUCGGAGAGAGUUAUUCAAAAAGUGAUGUUAUGGAAUUGUUGGCCACUGUUUCAGAAGGAAGCUCCAUUGUGUUUACUCAAAAUGAGAAGCAAUCGAUGGGUGUUGAUCGACGGAAAGGUUUGAUCGAACGUGCCUCUGAUGCUUUCGGAUUACUUGGGGCUGUACGCUUUCUUGAAGGCUAUUAUUUGUUGGUCGUAACGAGGGCUCGAGUUGUUGCCACAAUAGGGUAUCAUGAAAUAUAUAAAAUUGAAGAAGUUAUUCUUAUUCCUUUAGCAAUACAAGGAAUUCCAAUUAACAAUGCCGAUGAAUUACGUUAUCUGAAAUUAUUUCAAUCGGUGGAUUUGUCAACAGAUUUUUAUUUCUCUUAUGUAUACGACUUGAGCCGAACGCUGCAAGAAAAUGCAUUGAAAAUAUCCGACUGGCCUAAGUACAAACAAGCUGACAAAGGUGAAACUUGCCAGUUCUUUCCCGACUCAAAAUUUAUCUGGAAUGGCUAUCUUUUGGAACCAUUACGUAAAAGCGCUGUUAGUGAGCAAUGGUUUAUUGAAGUGGUUCAUGGAUAUGUUGGCCAGCAAAUAAUCGAAUUACCGUGCUCUCGACUAUCAUUAAUUCUGAUUGGACGUCGUUCUGUAGAAUAUGCAGGUACAAGAUAUCUAAAACGAGGCGCUAACUUUAAAGGCCAAGUAGCAAAUGAUGUUGAAACGGAGCAAAUCAUUUGGGAUACACGCUCUUCCCCUAACUUCACAACUGGAAAGUUUAGUUCUUUCGUGCAACGUCGUGGAUCGGUGCCGCUUAUCUGGAGUCAAGACCCAGCUACUCGUGGUGUUGUUGGUAAGCCGGUCAUUUCGAUUGACAUCAACGAGCCACAUGCACAAACUGCUGCUGCUCACUUCCGUGAGUUGCGAAAGAAAUAUGGUAAUCCGCUGAUACUGAUGAAUUUGGUGAAAAGACGUGAAAAUAGAAGGCAUGAGGCACUAUUGCAUGGCCAGUUUCUUAAGGCUGUCAAGUAUUUGAAUAUGUUUCUACCAAAAGCGGAACGGAUCGCGUAUUUAAGUUUUGACUUAGCUCGCUGUCAUAAAACUGGAAAUGUCUUGAAUAAACUUGAAGAAAUAGGUUUGCGAUGUGUUAUUCGACAUGGCUGGUUUCAGGUUUCUUUCAAAGCUUUGAAAUUCUUUCCAUUCUUUAAAUGCUAUGUCUUUAUAAUUGUUAAAA